AUGACUCUUGCUAAGUUAUCAUGGUCAAUGAUUUCUGUUAUCAUGGAGGUUGUGGGUGCUGCCGUUGUCCCCUCAAAUGAUAAUAAUUCCAGGGCUUCGGACACGAAUGCAACCGAUGGCGUAGACACUGCCAAAUUCGGUUGUACGGAGUCAAUAUUUAAUCACGAUUUUAUUGGUCUCGCACAGUCGAUGGCACAUAGUGCAGAAGAAUUUGUGCGGCAGGUGUGGCUGAGAGGAUGGCAGUUGGUUCAGUUCGCACAAUUGCCGGUGUGGAUGAAGGACAAUGAUUUUUUAGUUCGCGGUCAUCGCCCUGCUCUCAACUCCUAUUGGAGUUGUGUAAAGUCUAUUUUUCGUAUCCAUACCGAAACAGGUAACAUCUGGACUCAUCUUCUCGGCUGUGUGCUUUUCAUCUCAAUUUGGACCUUUUUCAUAUCACUUGCUCCUGAAAGUAUUCAGUGGCAGGACAAGUUGGUUUUCUCGGCGUUUUUUUUGGGAGCAGUGGUCUGUUUGGGGUUUUCCUGUAUCUUUCACACUCUCAGUUGUCAUUCUCUUAAAGUAUCCCGUUUCGCUAACAAGCUAGACUAUGCGGGAAUCGCAAUUCUGACAAUUGGAUCCUUUGUGCCAUAUCUCUACUACACCUUCUACUGUGAUUUCCCUGCAAUGGUAGGAUAUCUGUCAUUAAUUUGCGUGCUUGGUGUGACGUCGAUUUGUGUGUCGACUCUGGAUGUAUUUGCGAGUCCUCGAUUCCGUUCAGUUCGGGCCGGCUCUUUCAUUGGGCUGGGACUUUCCGGCAUUAUCCCUGCUACACAUUACGCUGUUGUAGUAGGCUGGAAUGCUGCGGUUGAGGACGGAUCCCUUGACUGGCUCAUAAUUAUGGCCGUUCUCUACAUAUCUGGUGCUGUACUCUACGCUCUCCGCAUUCCAGAACGCUGCUUUCCUGGUUACUGUGACAUCUGGUUCCAAAGUCACCAAAUCUUCCAUGUAUUUGUUGUGGCAGCUGCCACAGUGCACUAUUACGGCGUCGCGAGGAUAUCCAACUACCGUCUGAGUCGGGGAGACUGUAAACCCAGCCCACUGAUUAAUUUUACUCAGAACUAA